UUCCAACCUAACCCCCACAACUCACUCUCCUCUGAACAGUUAAUUCUCCGGCCUAAUUCAGUGCAAUCAAAACAAUUGUCACUUCGACCCAGAACGCUUCCCCUCUGACAACUUGAGCCCACCCUGGUGCCUUUCACCGGCGAUCACCCACCGCGGGAGUUCUCUCCCAUAAACUACGCAACCACCAUGGCGUCGCAAGGGUUCGGCUCACGCUCAUUCGCCUCGACCAGACUCCCUGAACGAUCUGUGAACGCCAAUCCAACCCCCUUCGCAGCGUCCGCCUUCUCCCGCCAACGGCUAGGAGCUCUCGGAUCUGCCGACCAAGGAGCUGACGCAGCGAGAUCCUCGCAGCAGGCGGCCCAACCACCCUCACAUUCACAACCCCACGGCCCAUCACAGGACUCAAACCCCCUAAGUCGAUUAACAGAAGAACAACGAGAGGAGAUCAACGAAGCCUUCACCCUCUUCGACCUCGACCGCGACCAACAUCUAGACUACCAUGAACUCCGCGUCGCCUUCCGCGCCCUAGGCUUCACCCUUCCCAAACAAGAACUCAUCGCCAUCCUCACUACCUACGGCGUCCCCCGCCCCCAAGUCCAGCAGCAGUCCUCCACCCAGCAACAACAGCAAUCCAAGACCGCCCCCGCCGCGAACCCCCAGCACCCGUCGAAUCUACUCAUGCCCCUUUCCGCCUUCCAAGCCGUGACGGCGGUGAAGAUCUUAGAGCGCGAUCCCCGGGACGAGAUUCUGCGGGCAUUCGAGCUCUUCGACGAGGGCGGUAAGGGGUACAUCGAUCUAGGGGACUUGAGACGGGUUGCGCGGGAGUUAGGCGAGACGGGGCUCGAAGAGGAAGAGCUUAGGGCUAUGAUUGAGGAGUUUGAUUUAGAGGGUACGGGAGGUGUCUCUAGGGACGCGUUUGUGAGUAUAUGUUGGCAGUGAAAUCGGUUUUUGUUUUAGGUGUACAUUGCUAUUGAUCCUUGUGUUUUUCAUUUUUACUUUUUUUAUUUUUUUGUUUACUGUUGCUAGAGUCUAGUUUUUCUCUUCUUUUUUCCUCUUGGAUUUGUGGCUAGAUCCUGGGGAUUGGUUAAAAUGUUUUCAUUGUACGGGCUAAGGGCUUCUUAUGGCCUGAGGAUUGUGCGGACUCUGA